AUGCAAGUGGAGCUGACCGCCCUACAGCCCCAGCUCAUCCAUACGUCCGAGGAGACAGCCAACAUGAUGGUGAAGAUCGAGGAGGAGACCAUCCAGGUCGACGCCAAGAAGCUGCUGGUGCAGGCGGAUGAGAAGGAGUCCAACGCCGCCGCUGCCGUCGCUCAGGGCAUCAAGGACGAGUGUGAGGGGGACCUGGCCGAGGCCAUGCCAGCCCUGGAGGCCGCGCUGGCUGCGCUCGACACCCUGAACCCAGCGGACAUCUCCCUGGUGAAGUCCAUGCAGAACCCCCCGGGCCCCGUCAAGCUGGUCAUGGAGAGCAUAUGUGUCAUGAAGGGGAUGAGACCUGAGAGGAAGCCGGACCCCAGUGGCAGCGGCAAAAUGAUAGAAGAUUACUGGGGGGUCUCAAGAAAGAUCCUGGGAGACCUGAAGUUCCUGGAGAGCCUCAAGACCUAUGACAAAGACAACAUCCCCGGCCCGGUCAUGAGGCGGAUCCGGGAGAGGUUCAUCGACCACCCGGACUUCCAGCCGGCCGUCAUCAAAAACGUGUCCUCCGCCUGCGAGGGGCUGUGCAAGUGGGUGAGGGCCAUGGAGGUGUACGACCGCGUGGCCAAGGUGGUGGCUCCCAAGCGGGAGCGGCUGAGGGAGGCGGAGGGGAAGCUGGACAUCCAGAUGCAGAAGCUGAACCUGAAGCGGGAGGAGCUGAAGCUGGUGGAGGACCGCCUGCAGGCCCUGAACGACGAGUUUGAGGAGAUGAACACCAAGAAGAUGACCUUGGAAGAAAACAUUGAGAUCUGCUCCCAGAAGCUUGUCAGGGCGGAAAAGCUCAUCAGCGGGCUUGGCGGGGAGAAGGACCGAUGGAAAGAGGCUGCCCGGCAGCUGGGGAUCCGCUACACGAAUCUGACCGGGGAUGUGCUGGUGUCCGCGGGGACCGUGGCCUACCUGGGGGCCUUCACCGUGGACUACCGGGCCAAGUGCCAGCAGCAGUGGCUGGCUCAGUGCAGAGACAAGGCCAUCCCCGGCUCCCGUGACUUCAGUCUCAGCAACACGCUUGGGGACCCCAUAAAAACCCGCGCCUGGAAGAUCGCCGGGCUGCCCGUCGACUCCUUCUCCAUCGACAACGGCAUCAUCGUGUCCAACUCCAGACGCUGGGCCCUGAUGAUCGACCCUCAAGGGCAGGCCAACAAGUGGAUCAAGAACAUGGAGAAAGCGAACAAGCUGGCCGUCACCAAGUUCUCGGACAGCAACUACGUGAGGACGCUGGAGAACGCCCUGCAGCUCGGCACCCCCGUGCUGCUGGAGAACGUAGGGGCGGAGCUGGACGCCUUCAUCGAGCCCAUCCUGCUCAAGUCCACCUUCCGGCAGCAGGGCGUGGAGUACAUGCGGCUGGGCGAGAACAUCAUCGAGUACUCCAGGGACUUCAAGCUGUACAUCACGACCCGCUGGCGGAACCCGCACUACCUGCCCGAGAUCGCCGUGAAAGUCUGCCUCCUCAACUUCAUGAUCACCCCCCUGGGCCUCCAAGACCAGCUGCUGGGCAUUGUGGCUGCCAAGGAGAAGCCGGAGCUGGAAGAGAAAAAGAACAAGCUGAUUUUGGAGAGCGCUAGGAACAAGAAGCAGUUAAAGGAGAUCGAGGACAGGAUCCUCGAGGUCCUCUCUUUGUCGGAGGGCAACAUCCUGGAGGACGAGACCGCCAUCAAGGUCCUGUCUUCCUCCAAGGAGCUGUCUGAGGAGAUCUCCGAGAAGCAGGAGAUUGCGACGGUGACGGAGAUGCAGAUUGACCAGACCCGGAUGGGCUACAAGCCCGUGGCCGUCCACUCUGCCACCAUCUUCUUCUGCAUCUCCGACCUGGCCAACAUCGAGCCCAUGUACCAGUACUCCCUGACCUGGUUCAUCAGCCUCUACACGCAGUCGCUGGCACACAGCAAGAAGAGCGACAACCUGGAGCUGCGCAUCGAGCACAUCAUCCAGUACUUCACCUUCAGCAUCUACAACAACGUGUGCCGCUCGCUGUUCGAGAAGGACAAGCUGGUCUUCUCCCUCCUCCUGACCAUCGGCAUCCUGAAGGAGAAGAGGCUCAUCAGCGAGGAGAUCUGGUACUUCCUUCUGACCGGGGGCGUCGCCCUGGACAACCCCUUCCCCAACCCGGCGCCUGAAUGGCUGUCUGAGAAAGCGUGGGCCGAAGCGGUCCGUGCGUCCGCGUUGCCGGGGCUGAAGGGCCUGAUGGAGCAUUUGGAAGAGAACGCGGACAGCUGGAAGCACAUCUAUGACUCGGCGUCCCCGCACCAGGAGAAGUUCCCUGGCAUCUGGAAGUUCGUCCACGGGCUGGAGAGGAUGGUGAUCCUCCGCUGUCUGCGGCCCGACAAGAUGAUCCCCGCCACCCGGGAGUUCAUCGCCGAGCACAUGGGCCACGUGUUCACGGAAGGCCCCACGUUCGACCUGCAGGGAUCCUACAGCGACUCCAGCUGCUGCACACCCCUGAUCUUCGUGCUGUCUCCCGGCGCAGACCCCAUGGCAGUCCUGCUGAAGUUCGCUGAAGAUCUUGGCAUGGGAGGCAACAAAACCCAGAUCAUCUCCCUCGGCCAAGGCCAAGGCCCUAUUGCAGCCAAAAUGAUCAACCUGGCUAUCAAAGACGGGACCUGGGUGGUGCUGCAGAACUGCCACCUGGCCACAAGCUGGAUGCCGGAGCUGGAGAAGAUCUGCGAGGAGGUGAUUGUCCCCGAGAACACCAAGGCCAGCUUCAGGCUCUGGCUGACCAGCUACCCGUCGGAGAAGUUCCCGGUCAGCAUCCUCCAGAACAGCAUCAAGAUGACCAACGAGCCGCCCAAGGGGCUGCGGGCCAACCUGCUGCGCUCCUACCUCAACGACCCCGUCUCCGACCCCGCCUUCUUCCAGAGCUGCGCCAAGGCCGAGAUGUGGCAGAAGCUGCUGUUCGGGCUCUGCUUCUUCCACGCCAUCGUGCAGGAGCGCCGCAGCUUCGGGCCCCUAGGCUGGAACAUCCCGUAUGAGUUCAACGAGUCUGACCUGAGGAUCAGCAUACGGCAGGUGCAGAUGUUCCUUAACGAAUACAAGGAGGUGCCCUUCGACGCCCUCACCUACCUCACAGGGGAGUGUAACUACGGAGGCCGAGUGACCGACGACAAAGACAGGCGUCUCCUGCUGUCCCUGCUGUCCACCUUCUACUGCAAGGACAUAGAGCGGGACUACUACUCCGUCGCUCCCGGGGACAUUUACUACAUCCCCCCCCAUGGCUCCUACCAGUCCUACAUAGAGUACCUGCGGAACCUCCCCAUCUCCGCUCACCCCGAGGUGUUCGGCCUCCACGAGAACGCCGACAUCACCAAGGACAACCAGGAGACCAACCAGCUGUUCCAGGGGGUGCUGCUGACACUGCCCCGGCAGACGGGCGCCAGCGGCAAGUCUCCCCAGGAGGUGAUUGAGGAGCUGACCCAGGACAUACUCUCCAAGCUCCCCAAGGACUUCGACCUGGAGGUGGUCAUGAAGCUGUACCCCGUGGUCUACGAGGAGUCCAUGAACACUGUCCUGCGGCAGGAGCUCUUCCGGUUCAACAGGCUCACCCGAGUGGUCCGCCGGAGCCUCAUCAGCCUGGUCCGCGCCAUCAAGGGGCAGGUGCUCAUGUCCUCGGAGCUGGAGGACGUCUUCAGCAGCAUGCUCGUGGGCAAGGUGCCCGCCAUGUGGAUGGCCAGGUCCUACCCGUCGCUGAAGCCGCUGGGCGGCUACGUGGCCGACCUGCUGGCCCGCCUCGCCUUCUUCCAGGACUGGAUUGCCAGUGGGCCGCCCACCGUCUUCUGGAUCUCCGGCUUCUACUUCACGCAGUCCUUCCUGACGGGCGUCUCCCAGAACUACGCGCGCAAGUACACCAUCCCCAUCGACCACAUCGGGUUCGAGUUCGAGGUGACCACGCAGGAGGCCGCCAUGGAGAGCAGCCCGGAGGAUGGGGCCUACAUCAAAGGGCUCUUCCUGGAAGGUGCUUGCUGGGACAGGAGCACGAUGCAGAUCGAGGAGUCUCUCCCCAAGAUCCUCUAUGACCCCCUGCCCAUCAUCUGGCUGAAGCCCGGGCGGAGUGCGGCGUUCCUGCACCAGGACAUCUACGAGUGUCCCGUGUACAAGACGAGCGCCCGCAGGGGCGUCCUGUCCACCACGGGCCACUCCACCAACUACGUGCUCUCCAUCGAGCUGCCCUCGGACCGGCCGCAGAAGCACUGGAUAAACCGCGGGGUGGCCUCCCUGUGCCAGCUGGACAGCUGA